ACUUUAGGAAUGCGUAUCUUUGCUCCUGAUUAGAAUGUAACCAGUCAAAUUAUAUUAAAACAUUCAAGAUGGCGCUGAAGAAAGCUGUCAACGAUAAAAUAAUGAGCGAUGUGAUACAGUCGGCUCACAAAGAGGGUGAGUGGCGUGUCCUCAUUGUAGACCAGCUGAGUAUGAGAAUGGUGUCAUCCUGCUGUAAAAUGCAUGAAAUUAUGUCAAAAGGAAUCACAUUGGUGGAACAUAUUAAUAAGAGAAGAGAACCAUUACCUAGACUUGAGGCAAUUUACCUUAUUACACCAACAGAGAAAUCCAUCCGAGCUCUCAUGCAAGACUUCUGGAACCCCAACAACCCCCAGUAUAAAUGUGCUCACGUUUAUUUUACAGAAGCAUGUCCGGAUGAGUUGUUUAAUGAACUUUGCAAGAGCACAUGUGCCAAACUUAUUAAAACAUUAAAAGAGAUCAAUAUAGCUUUUCUACCAUACGAAUGCCAGGUAUUUUCCCUUGGGGACUCACAAAAACCCUUUCCAUUUCUAUUAAAACCCCAACACGAGCCCUCUGGUAGAAACUUAACCUAAGAGAGGUGUGCGGAGCAGAUUGCUACAUUAUGUGCAACACUUGGAGAAUAUCCUGCUGUUAGAUAUAGAUGUGAAUAUGAUCGCAAUGCAGAGUUUGCCCAACUUGUACAGCAGAAGUUAGAUGCAUACAGAGCAGAUGAUCACACUAUGGGAGAGGGACCACAGAAGGACCGAUCACAGUUAUUGAUUAUAGAUCGAGGAUUUGACCCUAUAUCACCAUUGUUACAUGAACUGACCUUGCAGGCCAUGGCAUAUGAUCUCCUGCCCAUAGAAAAUGAUGUCUAUAAGUAUGAGAAUGCAACAGGUAAUGAGGUACAGGAGAAGGAAGUUCUGCUGGAUGAGAACGAUGAUCUGUGGUCAGAACUUCGACAUCAACAUAUAGCCAUUGUCUCUACGCAAGUUACAAAACAGCUGAAAAAUUUUGCGGAAGCUAAGCGUAUGACAUCGAGUCAGAAAGCUAACUUACGUGACUUAUCUCAAAUGGUUAAAGCUAUGCCACAAUACCAAAAGGAAUUAAGCAAGUAUGCAACACAUCUUCAUCUUGCUGAGGAUUGUAUGAAGGUGUUCCAGAGACAUGUUGAUAAAUUAUGCAAGGUUGAACAGGAUUUAGCAAUGGGAACGGACGCUGAGGGUGAGAAGAUUAAAGACCAUAUGAGAAAUAUUGUACCAAUACUCCUUGACCAGAACAUCACCGCCUAUGAUAAAAUCCGAAUAAUACUUCUAUAUAUCAUCCAUAAAGGGGGAAUUACCGAGGAAAACCUGGCCAAAUUAGUUCAGCAUGCACAAGUCCCCAUGGAAGAGAAAUGUAUUAUCAACAAUAUGCAAAAUCUUGGAGUUCCUAUCAUACAAGAUAGUGACAAAAAUGAGAAAGGUGGUAUAACAAAUUUAGGUCUGAUUCCCGAUACAUAUGGAACGUUCCCAGCCAACAUGGCACAGAGUGGAAGAAAGAAGGUAACUCAACCAUACCAACCUUACAAUCGUAAAGAAAGGACAUCAGAAAAUACAUACCAGAUGUCAAGAUGGACACCAUAUAUAAAAGAUAUUAUGGAGGAAGCUGUGGAUGAGAAGUUAAGUACUAGACAAUUUCCAUUCCUAUCUGGUGGAGCAGCCCCAAGAACAGGCUAUAGACCUCCUAUCAGUGCACGUUAUGGUCAUUGGCACAAAGAUAAAGGUCAAGCUAACUACAAGAGUGGUCCACGUCUGAUUGUGUUUAUUAUUGGUGGGGCAUGUUACUCUGAACUCAGAUGUGCGUACGAGGUCACGGCAGCUGUUAAAAACUGGGAAGUUCUCAUUGGUUCAACACACGUUCUUUCUCCAGAAGGUUUCCUCGGUGACCUGCGCGAGCUGAGUAGUUAAAUGGAUAAAUAUAUUACAAACAUUUUCUUUUGCAAGUUGUGAUGUUGUAAAAACAUGUGCAAUUUUAAUGACAGACUUACACUAAAACCAUUUUUAUAUACUCUGUAGUUCUUAUUUUGUAAAUUAAUGGCAUUUAUAGUACAGAAUGUCUCAAUAUGUUUAAAACUCUUACCCUGCUGGUCCCCAAAAUUUAUAAGCCUUUGCUGCUGCCAACAUAUAGAGCCAGGCCAGCUGUAACUUUCCUGCAGUCUGACCAGGCUCUAUACUGUUGGCUCGUCUGCUUUGAAUAUUCAUCUUGAUAUCCCCAACAUUGAUAAUGGACUGUUCCAAAACUGUAAGAUGGACAAGUCUAUUAAUAUAAUCAGUAGGUUAAGGGUUGACUCGAGUAUAGAUGCUUAAAUGUUCAUUAGAAUGUUUAUAUCUAUCAAUGUAAUGAUGAGGCAAUAUUCUGAAGAAGAAAAAUAAUAUUUGUUGUUUAAUUAACGGUACUGGUAUUGAAGCAGUUUCCGUCAAUUUAUAGUAUCAAGAGUAUCCGUUAACAGUCGUUUUUGUUACUUUUAGUCCAGUUUCUUUGAAUAUAAGUGAAAUGAAUUAUAUCACUUCAUAUUCAUCUUAUAUCAGAAGUUGUGAAAUAUGAUGGUUCAUAUUUUUUUUUUUCACCCAAAUUAGUGGAAAUACCAAAAUGUAAAACUGUGAAAGAUAUUGUAUUUUGUCAGUCUAACAUGUGCCUAUAUUUCUAACACUUAAGACUGCCCUGUUUUGUAACACAUUUCUAUUGGAAUCGUAAGAUAUUUUUUAGAUUAUCUCAAUUUUACAACGGACACUGUUUCGAUACCAGUACAAAAUUAAAAUCAGAUGUUAUUCGAUGAUUAAGCUUAUAUUGAACUAUAUUUGCUUGAAAUCUUACCUUUUUGCGUCAAGCAGCAUUUAAAAGAAUUAUAGAUGAUUAAGAUUAUCAUUAUAAAUACUGUAUGACGAUCAUUAGUGUUUUAACAAUCGUAUUUGUUACGUGUUGUAUUAAUCUGCAGUUUUUAAUUCAUAUGAGCUUCGUCACGACGAAACCAACAUAAUGGGUUUGCGACCAGCAUGGAUCCAGACCAGCCUGCGCAUCCGCGCAGUCUGAUCAGGAUCCAUGCUGUUCGCUUACAGACCCUAUAACAAGUAGAGAAAAUGAUAGCGAACAGCAUGGAUCCUGACCAGACUGCGCGGAUGCGCAGGCUGGUCUGGAUCUAUGCUGGUCGCAAACCCAUUAUGUUGGUUUUGUCACGGCUCACAUUAUAAUUAUAACAGAUUGUAUUAGCUAGUGUAUGUUAGACAUGGAGAAUUCAUUGUGCCACAUGCUAUAAAGUUAAUUUUCUGUGUUACGUUGUUACCUCUUUUGAGCAGUUGAUCAUUCAACAAGUUCAAAACUGCCCAAAAUACAAUACAAUCCAGAAAAAUAAUAUACCGGAAUAAAAGAUUUAUUUAUGUUAGAAAUACAUUUUAACUUGCUAUAAUUCAUUACACAAUAAUGGUUUGGGACCAAAGUUUUUAUGUUUAUCUAGAAUUGUAAUGUAGUUAAUGUUAUUUUUUAACUGAAAUUACUAACUUUAUAGAGUUUAUUGUGUGUUUUUGUGAAGGUUCAUAAUCAUCUUUUUUCACUUUUGCUUACAAUCUAUUUACCAAAAUUACUGUAGUGGUUAGGUCGCCAAGUGGUUAAUGUGUCAGAC